CUUCCUCUAUAUAAGCGGCUCGGCGGCGGCGGCGCUCUCCUGGCUCGGGCGGCGGCGCGGGGUCUGAGGUGCGCGGCCGGCGGCGCAGGAUGGAGAUGGAGAAGCGGCUCACGCUGGAGCUGCGGAACAAGAAGCCGGCGGAGGUGAAGGAGCUGGUGCUGGAUAACUGCCGCUCGGACGAUGGGAAGAUCGUCGGCCUUUCCUCGGACUUUGAAAAUCUGGAGUUCCUCAGCAUGAUCAACGUCAACCUGCUGUCUGUCUCCAAUCUCCCCAAGCUCAACAAGCUCCGCAAGCUGGAGCUGAGCGAUAACCGGAUCUCCGGUGGCCUUGAAGUUCUAGCGGAGAGGACCCCUAACCUGACCCACUUGAAUCUAAGUGGCAACAAGAUCAAGGACAUCAACACCCUGGAGCCCCUGAAGAAACUGCCAAAUCUGCAUAGCCUGGACCUCUUCAACUGCGAGGUGACAAUGCUGAUCAACUACCGGGAGAGCAUGUUUGCCCUUCUGCCCCAGCUCACCUACUUGGAUGGGUUUGAUGCCGAUGACCAGGAGGCCCCUGACUCGGACCCUGAAGCAGAUGGUGAUGGGCUGGAUGAUGAAUAUGAUGAGAACGGAGAAGAAGGUGAGGAAGAGGAUGAUGAUGAGGAAGAUGAGUUGGAUGAGGAAGUUAUUGAUGACGAAGAGGAGGAUGAAGAUGAUCUGGAAGGUGAAGAGGAAGAAGAUGGAGUCGAUGAUGAGGAGGAAGAGGAUGAGGAGGAUGAAGAUGACGAUGAAGGUGAGGAGGACCUUCCACAGGGAGAGAAGAGAAAACGAGAUCUAGAGGAUGAGGGAGAGGAAGAUCCAGAAGAUGAAGAGGAUGAGGAGGAUGACUGAUAAUCCUAGCGAGCCAAUCAGUUUUACGGACUAUGACUGUGCUUGUCCUAACCUCCCCAUUGUGUCCAUGUGAGACUGUAAAUCCCCCUCUCCUGGCCCCUCCCCCUUUUGUAUGGCUGCAGUGUCCACAAUAUAUUUUUUUAAGACGUAGAAUACAGUAGGCGUUCAGGGGAAUCUUUCCAUACAAGCCUCACUUUCUCACAAGUAUUUUAUGACCAAAGGCUUUCUCCGUUCUGUGGUUUGCGCAGCAUUUUGCAAAAAAAAAGUUCUCCUCCUAGAGCAUCUCAUAUCUGAAAUCAACCUUACCACAUGGGACCGAGAGCUCCAACAACCCUUUGCCAUCCCACAUGACCACAAGAGGCGAAUGAACGCUCACCGCCCCAGCAUGCAUGUCCUCAGCCCAGCAUUUGAAGAAGCUGCGAGCAUUCUGUGCAGCGGAUGCAAACUCUGCUUGUGUAAGUGGACUCUGAAAGCAAACAGUCACCCAAGGUGAACUGAAAUAACAGUUGUGUGAUAGUUGGAGAUGCUUGAAGAUACUCUAGCGAUUGGGGGUGGGAGGGGAAAGGGCUUGGGUCCCUGAGAGAAUCUGCUCUUUGCUGCAUCUCAGACCUGUUAGGAGGAACUUUGCAGUAGCCUUGUCUCUUGCUUUCCUAUUUCUUUUAUAAACUGGAAUUUUUUUUACCCAUUAGCCACUUCUUUGUAGCUUUCAGUUCUUGGAUGUCUGCAAAGUAAUUAUGGUUGGCAGCUGUGAAUGUCUUCACUUGCCAUAAGGAGGCUUUCUCCACCCUCUGCCAACCUACACCUUCACGGAAGAAUAGGAAACAUCAGGCAAGGGGAUACUGCACUGCUACCAAACUGCAUUUUCACUGUACAGAACACACUCUAACCAUUAUUACUGUGAUGCACCUAAAUCGGCAUUCACCGGGAGACCGUGGUAGCCUAAAUAUUCUCAGGGUCCUUCUGGCUAGCCAGUAACAGCUCUCAACGGUGGCCUCAGUUACUAGCCUGGUGCAUGUACACCUCCCCUUUUCCUUUUCAGAGUGAUGAGAAGUCCCGCUCGUUCCCAUUUAUGCACUAUGUGCUGUGACAGCUGUCUCUUCCCUUUCACUCCCAGCCCGUAGGAGUGGAGCCACUGCUUCUCUGACCUGUUGGAGGCAUUUUUUAGAACAGGGAGGUGGAAUCCUGCCAAGUGCAACAAGGGAUUUCUGACCUGUGUUCACAUGAUACAUCUGUUAGUUUCUAAGGAGAGCUUUGGCUCCAUGGAAUCAAAGGGCAUUAACCAACCCUUCAGUAUUGAGUGCCUAGUGAUCUCUGCUCAGAUAGGUUGGUGAGAGCGGGGGAGAGCAACUACCUUUUAACCAGGUUUAUGGGGGUGUUCCCUGAGGCUUUAUACUAAUGCAGAUGCAUUGGCACUUAACAGGGUUCUCCCUCAGCCACUGCAGACAAAUAUGUCAUCCCCCAGCAGUUACAUGUAUUCCUCUUGCAGCAAGAAGAGAAAAAUCUCACACCCCUCCUAUAAAAAGCAAUGUUUGCAAAGGUGCAUUGGGUACUGCAGCACAUCUGGAUUUCUAGCCUUGCCCUUGUCUCUUGCAUUGUACAGUAGCUAUAACCAUUCAAAGAUAAACUUCUCCUGUAAAAUGCAAACUGAGUAACUUAUAAAUGCUAAAGGAAUUUAAAAAAAAAUUCAGAGCAGCAGUUGAUAUUUUUAAUUUUUUCCCUGCAUUUUUUCAGCAGAUUGUAUGGAUUUUAUAUUAGCCUAGUAUCUGUCAGGUUUCGAUUGGUCAGAUUAGUCCCAGAAAUAAGGAUCUUCACCCCUUUUGUAUCUUUUUUGUUACAAAAUUUGGAUAAAACUUUUAAUAAAGACUUCAGUUUUUAAAAA